AUGGGCUGCUUAGUAAGUAAAGAUGAAAGAGCCGCAGCAGAACGAAGUAAAAUAAUUGAUAAAAAUUUGAAAGCCUCCGGCGAUGUAUCAGCUAAAGAAGUAAAAUUGCUUCUGUUAGGUGCUGGAGAAUCGGGUAAAAGCACUAUCGUUAAGCAAAUGAGAAUAAUCCAUGAAAAAGGCUACAGUGAACAGGAUUGCGUGCAAUACAGGCCAGUCGUCUAUAAUAAUACUGUUCAAUCGUUGGCGACAAUUAUUCGAGCUUGCGGUCCCUUAGGUAUACCGUUUGAAAAUCCAUCACUUAAGGAUUUAUCUAAGGAAUAUUUUAGUAUGAUUGAACGCCAAGGCGACAGUGUUGAACUAAGUAAAAAAUUACUGACUCUUAUGAAGACUAUUUGGGCGGAUAAUGGAAUCCAAGAGUCUUUCAAGCGAUCUAGGGAAUACCAGUUGAAUGAUUCUGCAGGAUAUUAUUUGAAUGAUAUCGAUCGCCUGGGAACGUCAAAUUAUAUUCCGACCCAACAAGACGUAUUAAGGACAAGAGUGAAAACAACCGGAAUUGUAGAGACACAAUUUUCUUUCAGGGAUUUUCGUUUUAAAAUGGUAGAUGUUGGAGGCCAGCGAAGCGAACGGAAAAAGUGGAUUCAUUGUUUUGAAGGUGUAACAGCCAUAAUAUUUUGUGUUUCAUUGAGCGCAUAUGAUUUAAAACUGGCGGAAGAUGAAGAAAUGAAUCGUAUGGUUGAAAGUAUGCGGCUAUUUGAUUCAAUUUGCAACAAUCAAUUCUUUGAAGAAACUUCAAUAAUCUUAUUUUUGAACAAGAAAGAUCUGUUUCAGCAAAAGAUAGCUGUAUCUCCACUAACAUUAUGCUUUCCUGAAUACAGUGGUGCUAAUAAUUAUCAGGAAGCGUCUUCGUACAUUCAGACUGUUUUUGAAGAUCUAAACAGAAAGAAAGAAUCUAAAGAAAUUUAUACCCAUUUCACUUGUGCUACUGAUACGGACAAUAUUCAAUUUGUAUUUGAUGCAGUAACCGAUGUUAUUAUCAAGAAUAACCUGAAAGAUUGUGGCCUAUUUUAA